AUGUCCUCUGUAAUAUACUACAAGUUUCUACAUCAAAAGAAUAAAAGCGUGAUACACUUUGACGGUACAGCCAUCAGCGUGUUUGAUCUCAAGAAGGAAAUCAUCACCCAGAACAAUUUGGGCUCUGGCACCGAUUUCAAUUUACGAUUAUACCACGCUGAGCAACCGGAUGUUGAGUACGAACUAGACAAUGACGUUAUCGCAAGAUCAAGCUAUGUUUUUGCAAAACGGUCUCCGGCUUCGGCGAAAAUGGGCAAAUUCAACAAUGCCUCACGCUACAUCACCGGUAAACCGCGAAUCAACAGGAGGGCAAUCAACAGUACAAAUGCCGCCGCCGCUGCCGCUGCUAAUACUGCGCCAGGUUUACCUUCAAACAUUCUGAGUCUUGGGGCAAAUGCAACCGAGGAAGACAGGAUCAAGCAAAUGUUUGAGAACCAGAAUACUGCUUGGGCCCACACGCAAGAUGAACUAGCACAACACAGGAUGGUGUACUACAAGCCCACGGCCUCCACCGCCAGCACUAGCGAGGACAAACCGCCCCCGGGAUACAUAUGCUACAGAUGCGGCAAGAAAGACCACUGGAUUAAAAACUGUCCCACAAACAGCGACCCCAAUUUCGAGGGGAAGAAGAUUAUGAGAACAACGGGUAUACCGAAAUCGUACUUGAAAACCAUUUCCAAGGAAGAAGUUGAAAAAAGCUCGAGUUUGUUCAGCACGAAUGAAAAUGGCGACGUGAUAGAUAGAGACGGCAAUGCGGUGUUGAUCACCGAUGAAGGAGACUAUGCCAUUGCCUUGGCGGACUCCAAGACUUGGAUCAGCUACCAGGAAAAGCUCCGGAAUGCGGCCAUGAAGUCUAAACAAGAGUACGACUCACGGCUAGUGGCGGCUGCCGAGCAAGAGGGCAAAACAGAGUUUUUUGACUGCUUAUCCGUGACAAAGAAGUUGCUUCUGCCGCCAAUCUACAUGACGCCUUGCUGCACAGACGCGAGCAAGCUCAAAAAACUCACAAACUUUAACCAUAACCAGGAUGAGCUUGAAAACGUCUUGAUUGAAAAUGAUUUCCAUUGCCCCAAUUGUGGCAGCGAGGACAUUUACAUUGAUUCCUUGAUACGCAACGAAGACUUGGAAAAGAGGCUCACUUUUUUUGUCCAGACCAAAGAGGCUGAGUUGGGGAUCAAAGACCCUAGCAAGAAGAGGAGUUUGGAAGACGCAGCAGCUGCAGCAGAGGGUGGUAGUUCCACUACUACUGGUACUACCACUGGUCCCGAGACCAAGAGACAAAAGCAGCAGCCCCAGAUGGCUAUGAUGCCUCCGUUCAACGUACCUCCAGCACAGUUACCCCUCAAUACUUUUCGAUGA